ACAACAUUUCUCUCCGCUCUUAUUAAUAUGUGAAGACGACCCUCUCCUCCUUUUCAUCCUCGUCUUUGCCAGUUGCCCUUCUUAAUUUUUCAUUUUCUUUCUUAUUUUUUUCCUGCAAAACCCUAAUCAAUCGGUUUCCUGCCACUUGCUUUCUCUCUCUAUACUUUCCACACAGUUUUUCCCCCCUUCCACAUUUAGACAUUUCCUCCUACCCCAGCUUAUCGAUUUCCCUUGAAUCGUCAAAUUUUCCUGAAUUCGUAUCCAAAUACCCUCAAGAUCGUCUUUUUUUCCCAUUUUUCAUCAUAGUUUUAUAUCAAUUGAUCUCAAUUAAUUCAAGUAUUUAUUAGGGUUUUGAGAGCGCAAGGCUGGCGAUAGGCGCCGCGCACCGGUGAUGGCGGAUCCGCCACAAGUCCGCCGACAGUUGAUGCUUGAAUAUUCGAUUUGCUUUGUUUUAGGUUUUGAAGAGACGUCAGAAGAAGGGGCUGAGAGAUUGAAUAGGAUUGAGUUUAGAUUAAAAUGCUGACUGUGCUGCGGGUGCACUUGCCGUCCGAAAUACCAAUUGUGGGAUGUGAAUUGACUCCUUAUGUGCUUUUGAGGCGCGCUGAUAAGUCUGUUUUCACAGAUGAUGUUACUGAGUUCAACCCGAUUGAUGGGCAUUUCCUACGAUAUAAAUGGUAUCGCAUUCAAAGUGACAAAAAAGUUGCAGUUUGUAGUGUUCACCCAACUGAGCAGGCUACGUUACAAUGUCUUGGAUGCGUAAAGGCAAAAAUACCUGUUGCUAAGAGUUAUCACUGUUCUACCAAGUGUUUUUCUGAUGCCUGGCAACAUCAUCGUGUUCUACAUGAGCGAGCUGCCAGUGCUGUAAAUGAAAAUGGAAGUGAGGAGGAAGAAAUCUUCGGGCGCUUCAGUAGCACUGGUGGUAAUGGGAGCAUGACAACAUCUCAAUCAAAUCCCAGCUUAUCGAAUGGCAACACUGCUUUGUACCCUGCUACAGUAACUCAGAGGGGUGGUGAGACUUGGUUUGAGGUUGGAUGUAAUAAGACAUACACACCAACAGCUGAUGACAUUGGUCAUGUUCUUAAAUUUGAGUGUGUCGUGGUAGAUGCUGAGACAAAGUUAGUGGUGGGGUCCGCCAGUACCUUGUUAACUUCCCGCGUCAUUCCAGCACCAUCACCGAGUCCACGCCGAAUGGUUUAUGUCAGCGGAAUAGAUGCGCCUGGGAAUCAAGAUGGGGAUGGUCGCAUUUCAUCUUCAGGGACAUUUACAGUGCUCUCAUACAAUAUACUGUCCGAUGUAUAUGCUACUAAUGAAACAUACAGCUAUUGUCCCCCUUGGGCUCUUUCAUGGGCUUACCGCAGGCAAAACUUACUACGAGAAAUAGUUGGCUACCGUGCUGACAUUGUUUGUCUUCAAGAGAUUCAAAGCGAUCAUUUUGAGGAAUUCUUCGGACCCGAGCUAGACAAACAUGGUUAUCAAGCUAUAUUUAAAAGGAAAUCAGGAGAGAUUUUUACUGGGCCCAACAACAGUAUUGAUGGUUGUGCUACUUUCUUCCGUCGUGAUAGAUUUUCUCAUGUAAAAAAAUACGAGGUUGAGUUCAACAAAGCUGCACGGUCUCUAAUUGAUGCUUUGGUUCCUAGCGCCCAGAAGAAAAAUGCUUUGAAUCGGUUGAUCAAGGAUAAUGUUGCACUGAUUGUAGUUCUAGAAGCCAAGUUUGGUAACCAGGGUAUUGAUGUCCCUGGGAAGCGCCAGCUUGUUUGCGUGGCAAACACACAUGUAAAUGUGCAUCAAGAGUUGAAAGAUGUGAAGCUCUGGCAGGUUCAUACACUCAUUAAAGGACUGGAAAAAAUUGCUGUAAGUGCAGAUAUACCAAUGUUGGUGUGCGGUGAUUUCAACUCUGUUCCUGGAAGUGCUCCACAUGCCCUCCUUGCUAUGGGGAAAGUUGAUCAGCAUCAUCCGGACUUAUCCAUGGACCCACUUGGAAUUCUUCUUCCGUCUAGCAAACUAACGCAUCAGCUGCCAUUGGUGAGUGCUUACUCAUCCUUUGCAAGAGUUGGGGUUGGACUUGGUCUAGAUCAGAGGAGGAGAAUAGAUCCUGCUACAAAUGAACCCCUAUUUACAAAUUGCACUAGAGAUUUUAUUGGUACUCAUGAUUACAUAUUCUAUUCAGCCGACUGCUUAACGGUGGAGUCUCUGUUGGAGCUUUUGGAUGAGGAUAGCUUGCGGAAAGAUACUGCACUUCCUUCUCCAGAAUGGUCUUCAGAUCACAUAGCACUCUUAGCUGAAUUCCGCUGCAAGCCCAGGACUAGACGCUGAUAUGAGGUCUGGGGCCGAAAGAAGAAAGAGUCUAGUAAUGUAGUAGCUGAUAAAUUGUAACUGUUUAAGUUAAAGAAAGAAGUGAUAUUGUAACUGUAGAUUAUCAAUUUUCCCCCUUCCCCUCUUUAAACUACCUAUAGUUGUAUCCUUCUGGGGGUCCUUUUUUUUUUUGUUCUUUUUUCUUUUUCUUUAAUGAGCUUAUUUAUAUCAUGUACCUUGCUUCUCUAUAGAAAAAUUAUGAUAAUGCUUUUCUUU